UAUGUCAAUUAUGUCAAGUAACACACGACGAGAGUGAGUCAAUUUAAAAUUUAGAGAUGACCUUCUGACAUGUAAAAAAAUGUUAAAAUUAACAUUUUACUUUUUACUUGUGUGACAUUCGUCGACGAAAGAAUCAAUCUGUAUUCGAGAACGUUAGCGAUCGCUUUAGAGAUGCGUAGAAGAAAAGAAAGAGUUUCGGGCAAAUUCGGGUAAUUUCGUCAUCUCCAUUGUCACGAUCUCAACUCCGUAUAGAUGUAAAUUAAGCAACAAAGCAACUUCGCACUUCUUGACAACAGCGCGCGCAUUUGACAAAAAACAUUUUUUUAUUUUAUUUUUGCAAUAGUAUAUAUAAAGUGUUUCUACGUAUAGUUUCGCACACACAUCAUUCUACGUAUAGUUUCGCGCGACAACGAAAAAUUCCAAAAUAAUCCGCUUUCAAUCGAGUGAACAGAAAUGAGAAACCAAUCAAUUGCUGUUGUAUACUUGUAAGUAUCGCGCGUUGUGAAAAAAAAAAAACAAUUUGAAAAAAGUUGCACUUGAUAGUUGCAACCGGCACUAUCGUUUCUCGUGAGCAAAUUGUUCACGCGAAAAGCAAUCAUUAUUAGCUUAAAAGAGAUAACUGUAACAAUAUUUGCACGAUAUUUAACGCGGCAAAUACGUUGACAGUCAAAAGUAAGCGCGAAAAGAUAUUCGCACCGCGUGAUUUCUUCGUGUUUAGUACUAACGUUGAUUGUAAACGUGAAAUCGGAAAUUUUCAAAAAUAAAAAAUUAAUCAACGAUAUGUAAUGAAUAUAUAUACUUCGUGAAAUAUUGUCAUAAAAUACUUCGAAGAGGGCUGGUAAUUUCUGAAAUGAUCCAAAUCAAGUUGCAAACGAACGCUAUAAAUAUUAUGUCGAAUACAGAGAAACUAAAAAACCAUAUUUCUCAUUUCUUGAAUUAUACAAAUCUAAAUGAUCGUUCACCUUUAACCCAUUUGCAUCACAAAGAAAAGUCAAAAAUUCGUUCUUAUCACCAAAAUUUGAGAGAGAGAGAGAGAGAGAGAGGGAGAGAGAGCUGUCUAAGAGCGUAGAAGGGAAAUAAAGUGCGUGAGGGGCCCCACCGCUGGACAGGCCUGGUAUAAAUAAUAUGCGCUUUGGUGAUAAAUGCCUAAGUAAAAUGCGCGCAUAUAUGCGCUUAUGAUGCAAAUGGGUUAAAGACUCGACAAACAUAUUGUUGUCAGUGUGGUGGGAUAAAGUAUUUAUAUUCAAACUUUGUAAAGACUGCACAUCAGUCGUUUGUUAUUCUUGUGUACUGGUCUUAUCAAACAUGACACACAACGGAAAGACAAGUUGGUUUUUUAUCAAAACGAUAAUUUCAAAUUUUGAUGUAUCUCCCUCAUCACAACCUGAUAAUUGUACUAUUUUGCGUACACGUGUACUUCUCGCACGGUUUUACGAACGACGACGACGACGUUUGUUACUCGCGCAAGCACCGCGACUGCGACUUUGACAAAAAUUACAAGCGUCUUGUUUGUUUCGAGGAUAUUAAAAACGAAUGGAAAGCAAAGGCCAAAGAUGCAGAUGUGCUCAUUGUUUGCGAGUGGCAGAGAGCAGUGUUCAAUCCGCAAGAAGUUUUGCGAGGAUUCACGUCUUUGCGAGAACUAGCGAUCGCGAAAAGCGCGAAUUUAAUACGAAUGCCAACCGCUUUUCCGACCGAGAUGGAACAUCUCGAGAACAUCACUGUGACCGACACCAAAUUGCGUACAAUUCGUAAAGAUGCGUUUUCCAAUCUGCCGUGUUUGAAAUGUCUCGAUUUGAGAAACAACGACGUGGAAGAGAUCGACGUUACGGCCGUCAACGAAAAUGUGUUGGAGCGACUGUAUCUUUCUGGUAAUCCAUUGAGAUGUACGGAGGAUACGGCGUGGAUUUUGAACUCCAGUGAGGGAUCAGUCGCGAGCAAAGUCGUCGACAAAGACAAAUUACUUUGCGCCGCGCCGUUUGAUCGAAGACCGCUUGUCCCGGUUGUCGAGAUAAUCGCGACGCUGAAGGAAGAAUGCAAACGAACAGUCUGCGACUGCGAACUGAUUUACGUGAUCAACGCGGGCGAGCUCACGGAUAAACAAUUAAUUUUUAAUUCCAUCAAUUGCAGCCGUCGCGGUUUAACCGAAAUGCCCAAUUUUUUACCGGCGAAUACAACCACUCUUCGUUUAACUGGAAAUCAGAUUAAGGACUUGACUCCACUGACAACAAAUCCCGUCUACAAGUCGGUACUGGAUCUUUAUUUGGACGACAAUCUGAUAGAAUCUAUCGUUCAGUUAGAAGGAUCGUACUGGCUGGACAACUUCCGGCUUCUUAAUCUUCGAGGGAACAGACUUACCGAUUUGCCUACUUACACUUUGGAAAAUGCACUGCUGUACAACAAAGGUGUAGCUGGUCUGUUUCUCGGUAAUAAUUCGUGGACGUGCGACUGUCAUUUCACACCGAGCUUUCAAGAUCUUCUGAACAGACAUCUAGAUCUGAUAAAAGACGCCAAGGACAUAAGAUGUGCCGUCUCCGCGAACGACAAUAACUCGAAAAGACAGAUUCGCGAUCUGAGACGGACGGAAAUUUGCAUUCCCAGCGAGGAUUCUUGGUUCCAUUUUCUCGACGUGGUGAACAUCAUAUUAGCAUCGUUGAUAUUUCUAUUGUUUGGCAAUUUUUUGUACGAUUACUGGAUAUAUAAGACAACCGGAAGACUACCUUGGAUCGCCACCAAAAUAUGUUAGCAACGUAAAACUCUGCUUCUUAUCUUUCAAAAAGAAUCAAAUUAUAUGUUCACUCGGUUAAAAAUUUGAAGUGAAUGAAAUGAAAAAUCUAAGUUUCUUGCGUUAAAAAUAGAUAUUGCAAGAUAUUUUAAAUUAAAAACAAACAAAGAACUCCGAGAUGGUUAUAUUUGCGGGUAAAAAACUGGGCAUUUUGAUUAGACCGCGACGGGUGCAAUUGAUGGAAUUAAAAUUUUAAAAAUUGUGAUAUUUGAUGCUUUCGCGGUGUGUAGUAUUAACAUACAAAGAUGUUUUUU